AAUCGGCCAAGUUAGAGUCGAACAGCCGCACACAGUUGUCUCAGCCUCCUGUUAACCAACACGUUAUAUUCGUUGUCUUCCGACUGUUAAGUGUGCCCGAGGCUGUGGCAAAGAGAAAUAAAGUUUAUUUGUAUACACUUCUCGAUGAGAUUUUUACGAAAUCAACAGUGUUUUAGUGACUUAGAAAGGGAAGGAGCUUGAAGGCUUAUCAACUCCUAACUCCGACGAAUGCCAUGGAUGUCCAGAGAGCACAAGACGUUUCCGAGGCGAUCAUCGACGUCUCGAAUUCCCUGAUGGUCAUUGCCACGGUCUUGUUCGUCUACUGCAUCUACACCCAGUUGGCCAGUCGGGAGACGUGGGAUAAAUACGGAGUCAAGCAGGUGACGAUGGGCAGACACGCUCUGACGGAUUUCAGGUAUAACCCUUUUGUCUUUAAUCGAGCAGGUAAUGUCGUCGGAAAAAAGCACGUACACACUUUGGUUAUUUUGUUGUGGGCGGUGGUGUUGUCAUGCCAGGCCGCACCAGAGCACUUGCUACACAGGUACAUUUCGCCCAUUCGUGACACGCUCUACCUCACUAGAUGAAUGUAAAAAACUUUUUUUUAAAAGAUAGGUUUAAUGCAUCUAACAUAGAAGUGUAAUAAGUAUUUCUUUGCGGUUUUUAAUUUGUCUUUGACACUCAAAAGCUAAUGUUGCUAAAAUUACUCUUAUCGACUGAGGAACUACUACCUGUAGUUUAUUGUUGUACCUAGGGGUGGGGUGAUUUUGGAAAGGGUUAGAGAAAGGGAAAACCAAAUGUAGAUCCAGUUCAAUGGGCGACAUACGACCAGGAGUAUAAAACGCCAAAGCCCUUAAAUUCUGUUGUUUAGUUUUUGUUCCCUGUAGGCAAAGGGUUAAGUCAUACAAGAGUUAAGUCAUUAAAGAGUUAAGUCAUUAAAGAGUUAAGUCAUUAAAGAGUUAAGUCAUUCAAGAGUUAAGUCAUUCAAGAGUUAAGUCAUUAAAGAGUUAAGUCAUUAAAGAGUUAAGUCAUUCAAGAGUUAAGUCAUUAAAGAGUUAAGUCAUUAAAGAGUUAAGUCAUUCAAGAGUUAAUUCAUUCAAGAGUUAAGUCAUUAAAGAGUUAAGUCAUUAAAGAGUUAAGUCAUUAAAGAGUUAAGUCAUUCAAGAGUUAAGUCAUUCAAGGGUUAAGUCAUUCAAGUGUUAAGUCAUUCAAGAGUUAAGUCAUUCAAGAGUUAAGUCAUUAAAGAGUUAAGUCAUUCAAGAGUUAAGUCAUUCAAGAGUUAAGUCAUUCAAGAGUUAAGUCAUUCAAGAGUUAAGUCAUUCAAGAGUUAAGUCAUUCAAGAGUUAAGUCAUUAAAGAGUUAAGUCAUUCAAGAGUUAAGUCAUUAAAGAGUUAAGUAAUUCAAGAGUUAAGUCAUUCAAGAGUUAAGUCAUUCAAGAGUUAAGUCAUUCAAGAGUUAAGUCAUUCAAGAGUUAAGUCAUUCAAGAGUUAAGUCUUUCAAGAGUUAAGUCAUUCAAGAGUUAAGUCAUUCAAGAGUUAAGUCAUUCAAGAGUUAAGUCAUUCAAGAGUUAAGUCAUUCAAGAGUUAAGUCAUUCAAUAGUUAAGUCAUUCAAGAGUUAAUUCAUUCAAGGGUUAAGUCAUUCAAGGGUUAAGUCAUUCAAGAGUUAAGUCAUUCAAGAGUUAAGUCAUUCAAGAGUUAAGUCAUUCAAGAGUUAAGUCAUUAAAGAGUUAAGUCAUUCAAGAGUUAAGUCAUUCAAGGGUUAAGUCAUUCAAGGGUUAAGUCAUUCAAGAGUUAAGUCAUUCAAGAGUUAAGUCAUUAAAGAGUUAAGUCAUUCAAUAGUUAAGUCAUUAAAGAAUUAAGUCAUUAAAGAGUUAAGUCUUUCAAGAGUUAAGUCAUUCAAGAGUUAAGUCAUUCAAGAGUUAAGUCAUUCAAUAGUUACGUCAUUCAAUAGUUACGUCAUUCAAUAGUUACGUCAUUCAAUAGUUACGUCAUUCAAUAGUUAAGUCAUUCAAGAGUUAAGUCAUUCAAGAGUUAAGUCAUUCAAGAGUUAAAUUAUUAAAGAGUUAAAUCAUUAAAGAGUUAAUUCAUUAAAACAUGGUUUUUGUGAGCAUUCGCUCUUUAAAAAAAUUCUUCAUUAACUCUUCUUUUGUUGAUAAGUUAAAGCCCACAAUUUUAAUAUUAAAAAUGAGAAAAUAUUUUUUUAAAUAUUUUUUUUUUAAAAAAGUGAUUUUUAUCAAAGAUGGGUUUAAAAGCACACACAAAUUAGUGUUAAAAUUAACAUUGGUUAAAAUGCAUUACACAAAAAUAAGUAUGGUCAGAAUUGUAGACAAAAACUCUAUGUAAUAAUUGAAACCAUUUAACACGUUGGCAGAAAAUAUUUUUUUUUUAAAUUUCAUUUAAAUGAAACAUAUUUAAGUUUUAUUUUCAUUCAACUCGAUUCCUUUGGCCACAUAGAGUGAUUUACUACACUUCUGCAUAGACUUUCCUUGCUAAUGCAUUAUAAAAUGUUUUUAAUUAUUUCCUGUUUUUUAGUUUCUUUUAAACUGGUCUUAGAUAAAAAAAAUUUUCAAAGGUCUUAUAUUUUCUACUUAACGUUUUUUAAAUCCCUCAAAUUUCCUAUUCAAUCUCGAACAAGUACCUGGUGCGUAUUUUUUAAAAAUAAAAUAUGUUUUUAAUUUAUAAUAAGUAGGCCUAUAAUUCCACAUCGUCUAUUAGACAAACAGUACAGAACAAGCUGCCGGCCGCCGAAACAUCUCUUUAACGUCAAAUACAUGAUAUCUGGCUCGGAAAUCAAAGUAUGAUUUAUUUAGGAAAUUGAUUAAAUGAAACAUAAGGUAUAUCGAUUUUACAAAGCGGAUCAACAUUUCGUAUUAAGUCUAUGCGGCAAGUUACAUGAUAUUGAAACAUUGUGUGUCGGUAUUUGCCCUUCUUCAAGAGACUGUGAAUAUUUCUGCCAUCUACACUCCGCUUAAGUUUCCACAGCCGAACCUCGAAGGUUGUUGAUACUAUUCUAUUUCUUUUGGACCCUCUUGACCUGUUUUGUUUUCCUUGUUUGACAACAAGGCACCUUCAGAACUGUCUUCGGAAAAAAAAACAUACCAUAUAUUGUUAUCGAUCAAAAUAUGAUGUUGUUUCUGAUCGGUGUAUGGGCUGGUAGAGAGGUGGCUGCAAGAACGCUGCUUCAUGAGCGGGUUUCCGAUGUUGAAGCGCACCAUGACGUGCAUAUUCACGGAUAUCUGUUUUGUUUUUUUACAAUCGUAUAUCUUUAAUUACUUUCAAGUGACUAAAGUGCUUUGAAGUGCUUUCUUUUAUGUAUUACUACUUAUCAUCUUGUCAUUACUAUCUUCACGGGAACAGUAAUAGAAUGUUUACGGAUACUUGUCAGCGCAAUAAUGGGUUAUAAUAUCAGUUUUCAAAGGCGUAGCUAUAGUAGAUAUUUAGUUUUGUGUAAUGACUUCAGUUUAACUUUAAAAAUCAAUUAAAAAUUAUAUAUAAUUCGGUGAAUUUACAUUGAAAAAAAAAAACUAUUUAGAUUGGACACGUUGGUAGUUUAUUCCAGUUAAGGUAACAGGCGUAAAAUGAAUAAUUUGCUGAAAUCCCAAAUUCUCAUUGAAUUGUAGAUUGGUGUUGGUGAUGUUGUUUUUAUUUAAAAUGUUUACAUUGGAUAAUUUGUCAUUAGUACAUGGGCUAAUUUGUCAAAGUACAUCAGCUAAUUUGUCAUAGUACAUUGACUAUUUUGUUAUGGUACCUUUGCUAAUUUUUCAUAGUUCAUUGGCUAAUUUGUCAUAGUUCAUUGGCUAAUUUGUCAUAGUUCAUUGGCUAAUGUGUCAUAGUUCAUUGGCUAAUUUGUCAUAGUUCAUUGGCUAAUGUGUCAUAGUUCAUUGGCAAAUGCGUCAUAGUUCAUUGGCUAAUUUGUCAUAGUUCAUUGGCUAAUUUGUCAUAGUUCAUUGGCUAAUUUGUCAUAGUUCAUUGGCUAAUGUGUCAUAGUUCAUUGGCAAAUGCGUCAUAGUUCAUAGGCUAAUUUGUCAUAGUUCAUUGGCUAAUUUGUCAUAGUUCAUUGGCAAAUGCGUCAUAGUUCAUUGGCUAAUUUGUCAUAGAACAUUGGCUAAUGUGUCAUUAGCACAUUGGCUAAUGUGUCAUAGUUCAUUGGCUAAUUUGUCAUAGAAUAUUGGCUAUUUGUCAUUAGUACAUUGGCUAAUUUUUCAUUAUUUCAUUGGCUAGCACUUGAAUAACCUUAACUGUCCUAGCACUUCCAUUAUAAGACAUGACACACAACAAUUGAUUUUAUAGAUAUAAGUAGUUUCAGUUAUCCAAUUAUUUUUUUUUCAAAUCCGUUGUUUAAUUAUUGCGUCCUAUAAUUGAACAGUUUAAGCAUUAUAAUUUACCAGCAGAUGCCGUGAUUUCUUUACGCGUCCCACACUGGCGAUUGUUUGUAUUAGGGCCACAUAUGUUUGAUUCAAUAUAACAAUCCUGUAUUUAAAAAUAACGUAUAUUUUGACUGGUUUUACAAUUUAAUUCCAUUUAUGGGAGGCUGCAAGCAAGAAAUGCAAUAAUUAUUAACGGGCAUCUAGCGUGCUUGAAACCUGCUUUAGGGUGUGCUUUAAAUGGUUUCAUACGUUGUUUUUUUGUUCUUUUAUUUUAAAAAAAAAUAUAUAUUUUUUUUAAUUGGUCAUAUCUGGUACGAAGUACGAACUUCUAUCAUACACUUUUAAAGAGUACACAAAUUGUACAAUUCUCUCAACAAAUAUUAUGCUCCACGGCCAACAAUGAAGUACACUAUCAUUAACUUUUGUAAUGUUCCGUCAGUGAAGGCUGUUAGUAUUGGCGAUGCCCCGGUUGUUUCAUUAAACAACAGGGAUUCUCAAAGCCCGAACUUGGACCGGGCAUAAAUAGAUUGAUUGAUUGGUUGUUUUCGUCUUAUCUUAACUAUCAUCGUAAUUGUCGCUUUGACCUCGGCACAAUUUGUCCUGAACCGCUAUAGGAACACCUCUAAGCAUGCUGGAAACACUGGGCUGGUCACCAUUGGAGGAACGACGACGAUAAACCAGACUCGCCAUGGUGUACAAGAUAAAUGAUGGGCUGGUCCACUGCUCCAGCAUUAAACAGAAACACGUCUCUCUCUCUCUCCCCCCCCCCUUCCGACAGCGACGAGGUCAUGACAGACAGUUCAGGCUCGUAACAGCAAGAACCCAAUAAAGCUACUGCUCAUUCCUGCCAGAGACAAUCAAGGACUGGAACAAGCUUUCAAAAAGAAUAGUUGAGACGACAACACUAGACACAUUAACGUCUAUCGGUUCAUGCCUUCCAACCCUGAGUUCAUGAUACCCUCGCUGAGUACCCCUACAAUCAGUGAAAUAUCCUCUUCAAUACGUUGAAAAUCCCCUCUCCAUACAUAGGAGCCAGAAUGAUCAAUACAUUGAUCGUGGGCCCUUAAUAUUUAGAAGAAGAAAAUACAUUUUAAGUACAAAAACCUUAUUUAAGCCCAGUUGUUGACAAAGUGGAUGUACCCGAAGCUGACAUCCUCUGUUUGGUCUCCAUUUAUGCAUAAGCUGUCAUAGUUUGAAGCAAUACAAGUUAUCAAAAGGCAAAUCUACGUGUCCUUUGGAAGCUGAAAUAUGCCUAUGAUAUUUUAAGUUAAAUCUUCGAUUUUGCAUUGGCUGGUUUGGUGUGGUCCACAGAAUAUGCACAUUUUACCAACGUUAGAUACGGCUCAAGCAUAACUCAAAUACGUCUCAAAUCACAGACCCGGCUCCUCGGCACUGGUUUAGAAACAUAUUUGACAGGGAGAGAUAGCAGGCUCAUGCUAUUUAUUUAUUUUAAUUAUUUAUAUCUUUUUAGUGGCCCGGGGGAGGGGGGGGUAGGGGCGUCAUCCCAGGCUCAGCUUUUGCCUGGUACGGGCCUGGAAGAGAGACAUUUCAUAUGAACUUUUCGAAAGGGAUACUUUUUUUAGAAGGCUUAAUUUCCCCAAAUUGAGUAACAUAGACAAAGUGCAUGUCAUGUCCCCAGAAAAGCAGUGUCAGAAGGCUUAAUUUCCCCCAAAUUGAGUAACAUAGACAAAGUGCAUGUCAUGUCCCCAGAAAAGCAGUGUCAGAAGGCUUAAUUUCCCCCAAAUUGAGUAACAUAGACAAAGUGCAUGUCAUGUCCCCAGAAAAGCAGUGUCAGAAGGCUUAAUUUCCCCCAAAUUGAGCAACAUAGACAAAGUGCAUGUCAUGUCCCCAGAAAAGCAGUGUCAGAAGGCUUAAUUUCCCCCAAAUUGAGUAACAUAGACAAAGUGCAUGUCAUGUCCCCAGAAAAGCAGUGUCAGAAGGCUUAAUUUCCCCCAAAUUGAGUAACAUAGACAAAGUGCAUGUCAUGUCCCCAGAAAAGCAGUGUCAGAAGGCUUAAUUUCCCCCAAAUUGAGUAACAUAGACAAAGUGUGUGUUAUGCCCCAGGAAAGCGCUGUCAGAAGCCUUAAUUUCCCCCAAAUUGAGUAACAUAGACAAAGUGUGUGUUAUGCCCCAGGAAAGCGCUGUCAGAAGGCUUAAUUGCCCCCAAAUUGAGUAACAUAGACAAAGUGCAUGUCAUGUCCCCAGAAAAGCGCUGUCAGAACUCAUCCUUGAACACGGUGACACGGUGGGUGUGACCAGGGGGGUCAUGACGCUCAUAACACGUGACCUCCACCUCAUCAGAGAGAUACUGACCAAGGACUUCCACAACUUUGUGGACAGGAUUGAACUGAUGACGACCAGAACUCCCCUGCAGCACGGGGUCUUCUUCAUCAAGGGCAAGGACUGGAAGAGAAUCCGUAAAGUUAUCUCCCCUUCAUUCAGGUAAUGGUUACAAAUUAAUGUUAAAAUAUUAAUAAAUCAUUUUUGCUAAUUCACAAGGUAUGACGGUACUGAGUUCAUUAUUUUUUAUUUUUUUAUUUUUUUGUUGGUUCUCUUCAAGUACACGCUAUUAUAGAAACAUAUUUAAGACAUUCUGCUUACUUUCCUAUUGGUAUCUGUAGCAUUUUUUUUUUAAAUCGUUGUUUUGUCAACGCCAAAAAGUAGUCUUGACUAGUGAGUAGUUUUCACUAGUGGUCUUCACCAGCAGUCUUCACUAAGAGUCUUUACUAGUAGUCAUCACUAAAAGCCUUCACUUGUAGUCUUCACUAUUAGUAUUCGCAAGUAGUUUUCACUAAUGGUCUUCACUCGAUUCUGAAACCAUUAACAGGAUUAUGUUUGUUUUUCCAAGAUUUACAAAAUAAAUUUAAAAGAUUUUUAGAAUCUUGGAAGAUUAACAUCUUUAGCAAUAGAAAACUUUCAUUGCAAAUGUUCACACGAUGUUUAACGGAUUUCCCCAGCACCGGCAAGCUGAAACACACGAUCCACGAUAUCAGUGAGAGCGCUGAAAAGCUGGGCCAGAUACUAGAGGGUUACGCGAGGACGUCUAAUUUGGUACCCGUGAAACGUUUGACCGGCCAAUACACCAGCGAAAUCAUUGCCAGCUCGGCGUUCGGCAUCGCGACCGACAGUCUGGGCACAGAGGACGAUGACUUCUCCCGCUACGCGCAGGAGAUCUUCAAGACGCGGAGCUCGUUCAUGAAUUUCGUCAUGCUGUUGAUGUUUCGCUUCAAAUGGCUUCACAAUAUUUUGGUCAAGGUUAGCCAAUAAUAUUUAUCCAGCUUAGAAAAGUUGUUGUUGCGUUUGGGUUGUUUUUUUAACACAAGUGCUCCGCAACUUUUUAUUGUUUCACCCACGGCACACCUACCCUUUUUCCCAGAUUUCCGCGGCACGACACAAUGAAUACACGGAGAAAAGAAACAUUUCCUUUUUUUUAUGUGUACCAAAAUUGUAUAGACUUUGUUAACAUUUCUUAAAGAUCUGAAAUCAACAAGAGAUGGUAGAUCAUUUAUAGUCUUAUCACAUGAUGAAACAUAAUAAUUAAGCCCCAAAAACCAAUAGGAGCUGGGUGGAGAGGGGUAUGCCAAAAUUGCAUACAUAAAUUAAAGAUCUAAUUUAAGAAUAACUUAAGUGAGACGUUUGAACCUAUUUUGCUGAGCAUAGUAAUUGUCCUGUGGGUGCUGGAUUUUAGUUGUCCUGUAGUUGUUGGGUUUUAGUUGUCCUGUGGGUGCUGGGUUUUAGUUGUCCUGUGGGUGAUGGGUUUUAGUUGUCCUGUGGGUGAUGGGUUUUAGUUGUCCUGUGGGUGAUGGGUUUUAGUUGUCCUGUGGGUGCUGGGUUUUAGUUGUCCUGUGGGUGCUGGGUUUUAGUUGUCCUGUGGGUGCUGGGUUUUAGUUGUCCUGUGGGUGCUGGGUUUUAGUUGUCCUGUGGGUGCUGGGUUUUAGUUGUCCUGUAGUUGCUGGGUUUUAGUUGUCCUGUGGUUGAUGGGUUUUAGUUGUCCUGUGGGUGCUGAGUUUUAGUUGUCCUGUGGGUGAUGGGUUUUAGUUGUCCUGUGGGUGCUGGGUUUUAGUUGUCCUGUAGGUGAUGGGUUUUUGUUGUCCUGUGGGUGAUGGGUUUUAGUUGUCCUGUGGGUGCUGGGUUUUAGUUGUCCUGUGGGUGAUGGGUUUUAGUUGUGCUGUGGGUGAUGGGUUUUAGUUGUCCUGUGGGUGAUGGGUUUUAGUUGUGCUGUGGGUGAUGGGUUUUAGUUGUCCUGUGGGUGCUGGGUUUUAGUUGUCCUGUGGGUGCUGGGUUUUAGUUGUCCUGUGGGUGAUGGGUUUUAGUUGUCCUGUAGUUGCUGGGUUUUAGUUGUCCUGUGGGUGCUGGGUUUUAGUUGUCCUGUAGUUGCUGGGUUUUAGUUGUCCUGUAGUUUCUGGGUUUUAGUUGUCCUGUGGUUGCUGGGUUUUAGUUGUCCUGUGGGUGCUGGGUUUUAGUUGUCCUGUGGUUGAUGGGUUUUAGUUGUCCUGUGGGUGAUGGGUUUUAGUUGUCCUGUGGUUGAUGGGUUUUAGUUGUCCUGUGGUUGAUGGGUUUUAGUUGUCCUGUGGGUGCUGGGUUUUAGUUGUCCUGUGGGUGAUGGGUUUUAGUUGUCCUGUGGUUGAUGGGUUUUAGUUGUCCUGUGGGUGAUGGGUUUUAGUUGUCCUGUGGGUGAUGGGUUUUAGUUGUCCUGUGGGUGCUGGGUUUUAGUUGUCCUGUGGGUGCUGGGUUUUAGUUGUCCUGUGGGUGAUGGGUUUUAGUUGUCCUGUGGGUGAUGGGUUUUAGUUGUCCUGUGGGUGAUGGGUGGCCGAGUGUACAUGGGCUUCAUAUUUAAUAAAUACAUUUCAAUGAAAUCAUGUAAAUGAUUUAACAUUGUUAAUUUCAUUUCCGGGCGCAGCCUGGUUUUCAAAAUGUUUCUUAUAUUUACCUCUCACCCAAAAAUAAGUUCUAACAGUUCUGUGCCAUCUGAAAUCCUGGUAAUCAGGCCGUCGCAAGUGUCUGCUGCCUCAAUAAAAUGCUGCAAAUCGAGCCACCGAGCUUAAAAAACGGUCGUAUUAUUGGAUGAUUUGAACGGAAUCAUUAUUUAUUUAUUUUUGUUUAGUUCAAAAACGUUUGGCUAUUUUAACUUGUUAACAGAAGCUCCACAUAGAGGCGCUGGACCAAGUGAGUGAGGACGCUGUUAAAUAUUUCACUUCCGUCCUUGAACCAGUUGUGUUAGAGAGGGAAGAGCUCGAGAGAAGUGGGAAAGACAGACCCAAAGAUUUCUUGCAGAUCUUGAUCUCGGCAAAGUUGUCUGGUGAGUCCAGAUUAAUAGACACUCUCGCCUCCCCCCACCCCCUAGAACUACACCAAGAAGUCGAAUGACAGUGGCGUCCCCACUGAGGGUUGUCUGAGACGAACGACCAACGCGUAGAGUACAUCUAGGGUUUACGUAUAACAACCCUCUCAUUACCGCUGGGUUUUGGGGGGCGUCGAUUUUUUGCUGACUCAACAAUUUAUAAAACUUUUUUUUUUUUCUUUUUUUUUUUUAGGUAAAUAAAAAAAUAUAUUUUAAAAAUUCAUUGUUUAUGCGAUUCGCUUUUUAACUUCCCAAUAAUUUUAUCCUUUCUCUGGUGAUUGAAAGUGGAUGAUCGUGACGUCAAGUAGACGCCAUCGGUAGCGAAGUGGUUAAAAAAGUAUGUGUGUGUGUGUAAUUUGGGUUUGAGCAGUUCUGUGAGUUCGUUCGGGGGGGGGGGGUUGUUCCAUUAAGUCAUGUUAAGCCCCUUUCACUGGGAUCUAGUGGGAUAAUUCAUCUAAGAUACUCAAAUAUGACUUCAAGCUUCAUGUCUCAAAAGCCGUUCCUGUGGACUCUCUAAUGAAAGCUUUUAAAGACGCCGUAGGAGAAAAAAUUAUUUUUAAAGUUCUCUUUAUAUAAUCUUCAUUUUUUUUUUUCUAUCGUUUGGUUAAUGGUCUUAUUGGUCUUAUUGGUCUCGUCCGUUUUCCAAAAUAUCUGAGAACACAUUUUCUUGUAUCAGUUUUUAUAUUAUUAAAAGAUAAUUACAUUUUCUUUUGGGGAGAGAAAAUCAAGAAGUCGAUCAAUUUUCUAGCACGUGGUCGUGAAACCUACAGUCCUACUUCACUCAUUAAAGUGGUUGUGAAACCUACAGUCUUACUUCACUCAUUAAAGUAGUUGUGAGACCUGUGGCCUUACUUCACUCAUUAAAGUGGUUGUGAAACCUACAGUCUUACUUCACUCAUUAAAGUGGUUGUGAAACCUACAGUCUUACUUCACUCAUUAAAGUGGUUGUGAAACCUACAGUCUUACUUCACUCAUUAAAGUAGUUGUGAGACCUGUGGCCUUACUUCACUCAUUAAAGUGGUUGUGAAACCUACAGUCUUACUUCACUCAUUAAAGUGGUUGUGAAACCUACAGUCUUACUUCACUCAUUAAAGUGGUUGUGAAACCUACAGUCUUACUUCCCUCAUUAAAGUGGUUGUGAGACCUGUGGCCUUACUUCACUCAUUAAAGUGGUUGUGAGACCUGUGGCCUUACUUCACUCAUUAAAGUGGUUGUGAGACCUGCAGCCUUACUUUGCUCAUUAAAGUGGUUGUGAGGCCUGCGGCCUUACUUCGCUCAUUAAAGUGGUUGUGAGACCUGUGGCCUUACUUCACUCAUUAAAGUGGUUGUGAGACCUGCAGCCUUACUUUGCUCAUUAAAGUGGUUGUGAGACCUGCGGCCUUACUUCGCUCAUUAAAGUGGUUGUGAAACCUGCGGCCUUACUUCGCUCAUUAAACUGGUUGCAGUACUUGCAUUAUCGUUUGUUAUUUUUCCAAAUUUAAAUCUUGAUUUAUCCCCACGGCUCGAGUACUGCUGAAACACAAGGAAACGGCGUUCGUGUACUUUUUUUCUUUUGCUAAAAAAUGCCUGUUAAUUUGAGAGGGUUGAGAGUGGGAGAUUUUGGGUGGGUUUCCACGUUUAUAAACCCAGGGCUUGAAUCAUGUAUUAUGAUAUUUUGUUUUAAGAAACUCUAGCGUUAAAAAGGGGUGGUCCGCAUUUGGUGGCUUUUUUUUCUCCUUUAUUUGGAGCGCGAUAUUUUCUACACAGGUUUUUUUUUCGCCUGGGAUGCUUAAAAAAUCUCGCCCCAACCCUGGGGGCCACUGACCCUACCUUCGCCAUUGUUGUGGUUUACACAAAAAUUACUAUUUUUAAUCCCUUUGGUAUACAUUAAUCGACAGAUGCCUUGAAUCCUGGCAACGAAUUCGUCGUGUCGGAAAACGAGCUGAUUGGUCAGUGUCUGCUGAUUGUCUUUGCCAGCUUUGAGACAACGGCCACAACGUUACAGAUGUGCCUGUAUCUUUUGGCUAAACACCCGGAUAUUCAGGUGCGUAACUAGCCAAAAAACUUUAAUUAAAAUACCUUCUCUUCACCAUGAAGCUAACUUGUUAAUUUUUUGUUUCUGGACUUUACAAACAGAAGAACAUAGAUUUGAACAUAGAUUCGAACAUAGAUUUGAACACAGAUUUGAACAUAGAUUCGAACAUAGAUUUGAACACAGAUUUGAACAUAGCUUCGAAAAUAGAUUUGAACAUCAAUUUGAUAAUUAAUUUGAACAUAUCAAUUUGAAAUCAUCAAUUUAAACAUCAAUUUGAGCACAUCAAUUUGAACACAUCAAUUUGAACACAUCAAUUUGAACAUAGAUUUGAACAUCAAUUUGAACAUAGAUUUGUACAUCAAUUUGAACAUAGAUUUGAACAUCAAUUUGAACAUAGAUUUGAACAUCAAUUUGAACAUAGAUUUGAACAUCAAUUUGAACAUAGAUUUGUACAUCAAUUUGAACAUAGAUUUGAACAUCAAUUUGAACAUAGAUUUGAACAUCAAUUUGAACAUAGAUUUGAACAUCAAUUUGAACAUAGAUUUGAACAUCAAUUUGAACAUCAAUUUGAACAUAGAUUUGAACAUCAAUUUGAACAUAGAUUUGAACAUCAAUUUGAACAUCAAUUUGAACAUCAGAGUAACGAUUUCCAGAUCAGAUCUAUGGAAAGUAUAGAUUCUCUAAAAACUUAACAACCGUGUGUUAAGACCACACGUAUAUUUUCACAUGAACUUUUUUUCAGGAAAUGGUAUAUUCAGAGAUGCAGAGCUUGAUACCAUCAGAAUCUCCCUCUUAUCAGGAACUGGGUCAGUUGAAAUACAUGGACCAGGUCAUCAAAGAGACAUUAAGACUCCAUCCCCCGGUUCCGAUAGUGUCCCGGAAGUCCGUGCAUACCGCCACCUACGGAAACGUCACGAUCCCCGGCGGCUCCAACGUGCUGAUCCCCGUCGACAUGGUCAUGAUGGACCCCGAAAACUACCCCGACCCCUAUAAAUUUGACCCCGACAGGUUCUCAGAGGAGAAUACGGCGACCCAGGACCCUAUGGCUUUUAUUCCUUUUGGCGCCGGGCCGCGGCAAUGUCUCGGCAUGAGACUGGCUUAUCUGGAGCUCAAGCUCGGUCUCUUCCACGUGCUGCGAAAGGUCAAGCUUGAAGUAAACGACCACACGGAACCAAAGUUGGGCUGCGAUAUCGCUGUACACUUUCAAGGUAUUCUUGUGCUAGAGAAGCCGAUCCUGCUGGCAGCAACACUGAGAAAUAAAGAUUGAUACAAAGGGGCCUGCAACAGACUAAAACAAUUAAUCCUGCGAAGAUCAGCCUCGCUCUAAAAGACUGAGGUUCGCCAUUGGGUGAUGCGUCUAUAUUAUAAAAGGUUUAAAUUAUUUUGUUCGUCUACUGUUAUUUUUUAUUUAUUUUUUUUGUUAUAUUAAAUAUAAAUGUUUAAAUAAAAGCAUUGUUGACUCCUUACUCUUUAGAAAGUUAUUGUUCUAAAUGAACUAAAUAAUAUGAUGAAAGCAAUGAGAUAAAAGAAAAUCCAUAUAAAACCGAUUUGAAAACACAUCUAUUUCGCAAAUACCUGCUGGGGUGAUGUUGUCUACCAACUUUUCCAGCUGGCUAUUGUCUCCUAGAUUUAUAUUGCCCUGUGUUGAUUAUGGUUGCAAGGGAUGAAAGACUUAGAAUGGUUAUUCUCGUAUGUAGUUUUUAUAACGUCGCGUUUUGUAUUUCAAUGUAGUAUAAUAUCGAUUUUUUCAUUUCUCUUUUAAUAUGGUUGACUUUGUACCGCGCUUCGACCGUCUGGGGAUGAAGCGUGAUUUUCUAAUAAACUUUAUUAUUAUUAUUAUUAGAAUUAGAGAAGGGUUUCUCAAAGUGCGGUGCUCACACUGCCCAAAAAAAAGGGGAAUUUUAAGACCAGCGGUGGCAUUAGCGUAAUAAGGAGCAAGUUUAUUUUCUAAGUUGUAGAGUUCUCUUUGUAAACAAAUUAAAAUUCCAUUUUUUUUUUCUAAAAUGUAAAAUGAAUUGUUACUUUUGUAUAUUUAAAAAAAAUGAGUGGGGAGGGGUGAGACUAUUGAAAAACAUUUCUAGGAGGUAUGUGCCUCCUAUUCAAACAAUUUUUGGGGGAGGGUGCGAAGUACAGUAAUUUACUUAAAACAUUGCUUUGGAUUUAGGAUGUAGACAAUGUAGAGCAUCAGCCACCCAAUACAAUGCUGCGUACUAACUAGAAAUGGUGGGGGGAGAGAUUAUUUAAAAAUUUAUAAUGUAGGUCUAUCCCUUUAGCAAUGUUUUGUUUUAUUGUAUUUUUAUUUUUAAAAUCAGUAUGAAGAUAUUUAUUCUUAUAAGGUGAAUUGUGAUAUUUUUAGCUGGGGGCGCGGGAGCUAGCAUUAUUUUUUUAAUUAUUUCUCUGAACCAAACCAAAACAACAACAGUUAAAUCAACCGUGAUGACGUCAUUAUUGUAAAGAAAUUUUAUUUCGGAUGUGACUUCAGGCUGUAAGAAAAAAUAGUAGCCUACUUUAGGGCUCUUUAACAAUGUUGUAAGAUAAAUAUUGAAAAACUGUAUUGCAUAUCUACACAAACAUUUGCAUAUUAGAUCAUUUAGCUUUAAAACAAGAAGAAAAAAAGAGAGGACAAAAAGUUCCAUAGAUAAAACUCUUCAUAAUUAAAAAUAAUAAUGUUUUUUGUCUCGACGGCUGAAGAAGGCAUUUAGCCAAGACGUCCAUGCCAUAGUCCUGGCUUCUUUUUUUAAGCCUAAACAUAUCUUGUUCCACAAUUAAUUUUUUAAACAAUUCAUAAAUUUGACGUACCUUACAGCUGUAUGGCAUUCAGAUCAUAUAAAACUUUAAAAUCACUUGUUUCACUGGAUAUUAUGAGUAUGAUCAAAUAAACAUGAGCAAAAGAAUAUCAUAAAAGCAAUGAGAUAAAAGAAACUCAUUAAAUUUGUGUACUGUCAUUGUGUACUGUGAUUAAUUGUGAGUAAUGUGAGUAUUUGUGUGUACUGUCAUUAAUUUUUUUUUGUUUUUUUUUAAUUCAUAUUAAAAUAUUUUUACCCCAACUGAGCUUUUAAAACAAGAACAAAAGAGAGAAAAUAGAAAAACAUGAGUGGAUUAAGACUACCAUGAAAAUGCACACAUUUUUUAGUUGUUAUUUCUGGCAUGUGAAUUUUUUUCAAUAAAGUGUCCAAAAAAUAUUUUCUUCAUGGGGAUUUGUUAAUUAAUUGUUUUAGAUUUCCUAUUAUAAUUAUCAAAAUCUGUUCAUAGAAACAUUUGUUUAAAAAGCAAGAGGGAAAGUUUAAAAGAAGAACAAUUUUACAUGAUGAAAUGAUUCAGGUUAGAUACUGCAAAAGGGUCGUUGCAUUAUGUUCCAUGGAACUGCAUUCACAGACCUUAUGUUCCAUGGCACUGCAUUCACAGACCUUAUGUUCCAUGGCACUGCAUUCACAGACCUU